AUGUUCGGGGGAAAACCGCCACCUAUAGUCGAAGAGCGGGCCCUGAGGGCGAAGCAGCACCGAGGGGAGUCGGAGACGUUUCAAAACCAGCUUUCGUAUGUGCACAUCCGUCGUCUCCCGUUGUACUCGGAGCUGCUAGCGAGGUUGGGUCCCUUCGCCGCCCGAGAGCUCACGUGUUGCGAUGCAGGCCACCAGCCAGAGGGAGGAGCGUUCCGGGAACUGUGGCUCCGCUAUCAUGCUACUUACAGCCAUAUCCUCAAAUCGUCAGUAGACUCAACGAAAGAAACAAGUCAUGCGGGGGGAAACUUCGACGAUAAAACACCGCAGGGCGAGGCUGGAAAGGUAAGGGAAGAAAUCGACGGCUGCGAUGAUGGGUGUGGCGAUGCGCUCGGCCUGUCCUUCAAGAGAGAGGUGGAGACUGUCGAGCGAGCUUUGUGGAGGCGAGAGAAUUUGGGCGUUGAGCGGGGGCUUCAGCGCCGGCGAUGCCAUUUGCGCGCACGUUCUCGGUUGCACCACCUUCGGCAUACCACAAAUAGUUGA